GCCUGAGACUGAGUAAGCACAUUAAUUACAGCCAGUUGAAUGCAUUAUGCCACAUUAGAGGGCUACAUAGCAGAUCUUAAGAGAACGUUCUGUCAGCUCACGAUACAUUUAUCAAGCAAUAUCCGAAAAUAUUCGUGCCUAAAAAAAACAGAUUGCCUUACAUUUUCAAACAGGAUGAAAAAAGGGUCAUCAAUGAAGAAAAGGAACACUCUCAAAAACCCCAAGUUGAUGAUUCACAUAACAUAGCUAUCUAUCUUAGAAAAGUACAUGAUGGUUCUAGUUUAUAUGGAGAAGAUAGAACCACAGAGAAGGUCGUGGAGUUCCUUGCUAUUCUAAAGAAAUUGCCAGUUUACAGAACAACUUAUGAACAUUACUUUGUAUAUAAGAUGCUGAAGAAAUUUCCAGAAUUAACUUCUCAGCUCAGUGAUGAACAUCUGAGAAAGUUGAGCAAGAACAUUGUAUCUGAAACCUGGGUCAAAGGCAGCACAGUGAUUGGCAAUGAUGGAUUUUACAUCAUACUGAAAGGACUGGCUCGACCUUGCAUAAGGGUUCUUAGACAUCUGAUUGAAGAGAAAGACCCAGUAAUCUCUUUAAUACCUAAGGAAAGCUUUGUUUUAGAUGCUGAAUUAAAAGACUCUACAGAGGCGGUUUUGUACCUACCGUCAGAGGACUUAAAGCUGACACAGUGGAAUACUUUUGGAUCCCUGGACAUUACACCCGAGACUGAGUUAGAUGGUGCUCCAUUCUCAAUCAUGACAGAAGAGGAUUGUGAAAUCCUUAAAAUCCCUGCAAAGGAAUAUGAAAAGGUAAAAUUAGAAAAAAUAAAAUGUGAAAAUACACAAAAGUUGAAAUUAAUCCAAAAGUGUCCUUUUUAUAAAGACUGGCCUAAUUUGUCCAUAUAUGAUCUAGUUGCACUUAGUAAGUGGAAAAAAUUUCCUCCUGGUCAUGUGCUAGUGGAAAGUGGAACUGUCAUUUCGUUUGUGGGCUUCAUUAAUUCUGGAUAUUGUAACAUAUAUAGAAAUAUUAUAGGACUUGGGAAGCGACGAUUAAACCAAGUGAAAAAAUUUAAGAAGCUUGUGUACAUGGGUAAACUUAAGGAGAAGGAGUCCUUUGGUGAGAUCAGUGUUCUUCUUCAAGCUCCUUCCACAUGCACAAUUAUUACUGGACAAGAGGUUGAGAUGGUAAUUAUCGAAGACAAAGACAUACUUGGUAAAUACACGUGUCUUAACUCUCAUACCAUUUAA